AGCGCGCGGGCGAUGCGGGCUUCCAGGCGGGGGUCGGCGGGUCCCUGAGCCCCGUGCCCGGGCAGCGAGGGAGCCCGCGCGGCCAAGGCACCGGCCACCAUGGCCGGGGUCAGCUACGCGGCGCCGUGGUGGGUGAGCCUCUUGCAUCGGCUGCCCCACUUCGACCUGCGCUGGGAGGCCACCAGCAGCCGGUUCCGGCCCGAGGACGCCGACUACCAGCAGGCGCUGCUGCUGUUGGGGGCCGCCGCCCUGGCCUGUCUCGCCCUGGACCUCCUCUUCCUGCUCUUCUAUUCCUUCUGGCUGUGCUGCCGUCGGCGCAAGACCGACGAGCACCUCGAUGCCGACUGCUGCUGCACGGCCUGGUGUGUCAUCAUCGCCACGCUAGUUUGCAGCGCGGGCAUCGCAGUGGGCUUCUACGGCAAUGGGGAGACCAGCGACGGCGUCCAUCGGGCUACCUACUCGCUCCGUCAUGCCAACCGCACAGUGGCUGGGGUGCAGGACCGCGUGUGGGACACAGGAAUGGCCCUGAACCGCACAGCAGAGCCCAGCCUGCAGAGCCUGGAGCGGCAGCUGGCUGGGAAGCCAGAGCCCCUGCGGGCUGUCCAGCGGCUGCAGGGCCUUCUGGAGACCCUGCUGGGCUACACCGAGGCCAUCCCCUUCUGGAGGAACCCGGGCGUGUCCCUGGAGAUGCUGGCUGAGCAGGUGGACCUCUACGACUGGUACAGGUGGCUGGGCUACCUGGGCCUGCUGCUGCUCGAUGUCAUCAUCUGCCUCCUGGUGCUGGUGGGCCUCAUCCGCAGUUCCAAGGGCAUCCUAGUUGGGGUCUGCUUGCUGGGGGUCUUGGCCCUGGUCAUCAGCUGGGGUGCGCUGGGUCUGGAGCUAGCUGUGUCUGUGGGUUCCAGCGACUUCUGUGUGGACCCUGACACCUAUGUGACCAAGAUGGUGGAGGAGCAUUCGGUGCUGAAUGGGGACAUUCUGCAGUACUACCUGGCCUGCUCGCCCUAUGCUGCCAACCCCUUCCAGCAGAAGCUGUCAGGCAGCCACAAGGCACUGGUGGAGAUGCAGGACACUGUGGCGGAGCUUCUGAGGAACGUCCCACGGGAGCACCCAGCCACCAAGGACCCCCUGCUCCGUGUCCAGGAGGUGCUGAAUGGCACGGAAGUGAAUCUGCAGCAUCUCACUGCGCUGGUAGACUGCCGCAGCCUGCACCUGGACUACGUGCAAGCACUGACAGGCUUCUGCUAUGACGGCAUCGAGGGCCUCAUCUACCUGGCCCUGUUCUCCUUCGUCACAGCCCUCAUGUUCAGUUCCAUCGUCUGCAGCGUCCCACACACCUGGCAGCAGAAGAGGGGCCCUGAUGAAGAUGGCGAAGAGGAGGUGGCCCCAGGGCCGCGGCAGGUGCACGACAGCCUUUACCGUGUGCACAUGCCCAGUUUAUACAGUUGUGGCAGCAGCUAUGGCAGUGAGACCAGCAUCCCGGCCGCGGCCCACACAGUCAGCAACGCCCCGGUCACCGAGUACAUGAGCCAGAAUGCCAAUUUCCAGAAUCCCCGCUGUGAGAACACGCCCCUCAUUGGACGCGAGUCCCCACCGCCCUCAUAUUCCUCCAGCAUGAGAGCCAAAUACCUCGCCACGAGCCAGCCUCGCCCUGACUCCAGCAGCAGCGGGCACUAGACUGCGCACCGACCAGCCACCUGCCCCAUGUGCCAAUCAUCCCCCCCCCAGGCCAGCACUGCUGCUUCUGCCCUGCGGCUGCCCGCUGGACCCUCCGAACGCCAGCCUGGUCCCUCUGCAGCCCCUUCCCCCUCCUCUCCCCAUGCAGGGGGCUGGAGAUGCCUGCCCCAGCCUGGUCAUCCAUCUGGACAGACACUGCUGCCACCCUGGCCUUGCCUGGCCACCUGCUUCCCACAUCUCACUGUCCCCUCACACUCACCAAGCCCUGCUGUGUGCCAGGAGCCCCUGUCCUGACCUGCUCCCUCCGCAGAUGGCCCUCCCGACUGCCUGCCGCACUCCUCGGCCGCACCCCCACCCCUUCCCUUCCACGGUGCUGAGCUCUUCCUGCCGCCCCCACCCUUGCUUCCGUGGAUCACUUCCUAGUUCACAGGCAGAGCAGCAGCCCCUCUGCCUGGUGUCGCUGGCCGCAGAGGGACAGAUGGUCUCCGCACGUAGGGACCCUCCACACGCCUGUCUCUCUACAGCAGCAGGCACCUGCCCUCUCAUCCACGCAGCUGCCCUGACUACCGCCUCACCUCCCGCCAUCGCCCAGAGCCUCGCUCCAAGGAGGUGUUUCCUCUGCCUCCUGCCCAGCAUUGCUUCGUCCCCAGUGCUCACCCUCCCCAAGGCACCCAUCCCUCCAUGGACAGCAGGUGCGACACAGAGCCCGGUCACUCGCUGGCCUCCCAGUGCUGGCCACCUUCUUGGUGCCAAACCCCCUCCUCCCACCCCAAAGACUUGGCAGCUUCAUCCGGUUUGUUUUUUGCACUAACCAUGUUUGUCAUCUCUAGGGCAGGCUGGGGCGGCCGCUGAGCUGCACUGCUGCCCCGGCCCUCCCUUGGUUCCAUUCCACCCAGGACAGAUGCAGUGUCCCUGGAGCCCAGCCUCGGGCUGGGCCUGAGCCAGCUGUGAAUGUGCACCCAGCCCUUGCUGCCCUUCUUGGGACUAACCACUAACCUCACUCCCAGCCUCCAUGGGCGCCCCUGGCCACCCAGAGCCAGCGAGUGUGACCCAAGUCCAGCCCGGAGCCGAGGCCCAGGAUGGCCAGCUGGAGCCAGGGCUGGAGUAGCAGUUUCUUCAUGGGGUGCUGCUGGGGACAGGCUGCAGAUGGACAGGCAGCCCGAAGGGCCUGGAGACCCCUCCCCUUCCGGGCAGGUGCUGCCUAGGAGGACCACGUCCUCGGGGCCUUGGGCUCAGGUUGUCAUGACUUCAGUCUCCUCCCUGUGAAGCGGGAACAAGGCUUCCCGAUGGUGCUUUUGGCUUUGGUGUACGAUGUUUGCUGUGCUUCCUGCCAUUGGGGGGUAUAGAACCAGCCCCCAAAUUAGGACCUUGAGGUUCUGCCCCUGUUGGCUCCAGCUCUGGCCCAACCAGUUGACAUGGUGUAGUCUGGUUCGGUCUAUGGCCAUAUGUGACCAGGGUGGCCAGAGGCCGUUGGCCAGCGUGGCAGGGCCAGGCAGACCCGUGGCUCUCCCUCCUGGAGCAGCAGGCAGUUGCCUACCCAGAAUUACCCCCUCCCAGGGUGACCUUCACCUGCCCUUCCUCCAAAAACCCUUCUUCGUGCUGGUGUGUGGGACCAAAAGGGGAUGGGCAGGGGAGGUAGCAGACCUGGGGCCCCCGGCCUGUGUAUUUGAGCCUCUGGUGUGAUCAAACUUCAUGGAAGGGACUGUCCUGCUCUAAGUGGGGGGAGCCACUGAGGCUGGCCACAGCCAGGCUACUCGGCCUGCUGCAGGCGCGUUCCUGGCCGCGGGUCUGGAGGGCAGUGCCUGCCGUGUGCUCCAGGACCCGCUCAGAAGCACAAGCGCUGCCAGCGGCCAAGAGCCACUCACAAGGUGAAUGUACAUAGCAUGAGAGGCAGGCGCUGCCCAGAUACGGCCAUGAACCUAUGUUAUCUUGGGAGUCCUGCCAUCGUGUGUGUGUGCGUGUGUGUGUGUAUGUGUGUGCACGCUCACAUGCGUGCUCUGUCUGUGACUCUUCACCCACUGAGGCUGAAGAAAGGAAAGGGGAAGAAAUUGAGGGGUUCACACCCCAAUUUCAGCGGCUCCUGCCCUUGGUUUUCUUUCUGUUCUGAGUUUUGGUGCCCCUUUCAUGACCACCCUGCCCAGCCACAUCACUGCACCUCCUGUGGUGUCAGGCUAGAGGCACCUGCCACUCCCACUCAGCCCUCCUGGGCUCUGGAGCAUGGGUGAGGCUUGGCCACGUGGGGAGAAGGAGUCCACGGAGGCUUGGCCGCCGCCUGAUCCCAGGGCCCUACCAGGCCCCCAGGAGGGUCCAGCAGGGGCAGCGGACACAGUGAUGGGUUUCCCCUGCCGGCAUCCAGCCCCAGCCCUCCCAAGUGAGUUGAGGUGGGGUAGUGGGAGGGCCUGGCUGGGAGCACCCCGACCCUUCUUCUGACACCACCCCAUCUCACUAUGCAAUUCCAGGUCCCUCCCGUUGACCCCCCUACCCAGGUCCUAGCUCUGCGCAGCCCGGAGGCGGAUGAGUUGGCAGCCCCGGGCCCCAGAGACCAGGGCCUUUUGUGUGGGAAUCUUCGUUUAGCCAUGAUGCUUGCGCACCUGCCCUAUUUGUUAUAUAUAUGAUUUUGUUAAGCGCUCCCUCCCCGCCGCCCUCGUGCAUCUUACCCCGUGUGCAUUAACACCCAAGCUGCACCGGGCCCACACCCCUCAGCCUCUGUAGGCCCGUGGCUGUGUGUCCUGUCGCUGUGUUUUUGUUUUUUAAAACUGGGUUUUGGGUUUGAUCUUUAUUUCUUUUGGGGGACUUUAUUUUUCUUGGCAAAUACUAAAAAUCUCGUCGAUGUAAUUUCUGUGGUUUCUAUUCAGCUUGGGUUUCAUGUUUUAAAAUAAACACAUUUUAAAGAA